CCUCGACAUCCUCGAAUAUCCAACCAUCAUUAUCCUGUUUAUACCAUCACAACUUCAACUCAUCCGACCUAUUUGCACAUUCCAUCAAAGACGCAUCCUCGCAUCAUGUCCAAGAAAGGCCUCUCCCUCGACGAAAAGAAGAUCAAAAUGCUCGAGAUCUUCCACGAGACGAAAGACUUUUAUCAAUUGAAAGAACUCGAAAAGAUCGCUCCCAAAUCUAAAGGGAUCGUGCAACAAUCGGUAAAAGACGUCCUCGAUGACCUUAAAGGCGAUGGACUGGUAGACUUUGAUAAGAUCGGAACUAGUAACUACUUUUGGAGCUUCCCUUCGGCCGCUGGAGCUAUCAAAAAAGCCAAGCUCGAGAAAGAUCAAGCUGAACUCCAAGCCCUCACUACCAAAUUGGAAGAGCUUGAAGCGUCUUAUAGCGCCGAGCUGUGUGGGAGGGAAGAUAACCCCGAACGCGCCGACCUCCUCGCCCAGCUCGCCUCCCUGACCACGACCUCCACUCAGCUCAAAGUCGAGCUCGAAGCUUACGGAGCGGCCGACCCGAUCAAGAUGGAGACCAAACGACAGGCUAUCGAGCUUGCCAAGGAGGCUUGCGUGCUUUGGACCGCCGCGAUACAGAUAACGCUCAGAUCUUGUACAAGUUGUUGAGGGAUCACGGGGUCUCCGAGGAGGACAUCGUCAACGGAUUCGGCCUGGGUCCGGGUUGGGACGAAGUUCCCGGCCUCUCUUAGAUUCAAGGUCGGAGCCUCGAACGGGUCACGGCUCGUGUGCAUCUAUGUUAUGUAUAUACCUUGCCGUCGAUACCUUUCGGGACGAACGCAGGCAAGA